UCCGCGUGUUUCAUACAUUUUGCAGCUGCUUUCAAACGCGAGUAAAUUAUAAAUAUUGAAAACAAGGGAAUUUGAAAUAUAAGAGAUUUUUGCAUCUCAAAUAAGGAUCACGCUAUUGAUCUGCAUUCUACCAUGUCCUCUUCUGAGUCCGUGGAUGAAAGCACUCCCUCUUGCAACAUCAAGUUCAUGAGUCCGGACGACAAAGUGGUCUCGGAGGUCAACCCUUUUCUGGUCCAAGUGACUAAACAUAAUAAUGUGGUUAACCCAUUACAAAAACCUUCAAAUCUCGUUGCCACAAUCAUAUUCAACGUACCAGCAGCAGAAAAACGGUUUUUACAAGAUUGUACUGACGAUUCAACAGAACAUCGUCCUGAGGAUAAUACCCGUGUGGAUAAUACCCAUAAUCAUGAACUGCUGAAAGAUGAAGACGGGGAUUUGAUCCUACUCCGUAAUGCAGAAGAACGUAACGACAAGGAACUUAACAUUCUAAUAGAGUACGAAAAUUCAACUAGCCUCGACCUCGUAGGGUUACAAAUUUGGCGUGGGGCGUUUCUUCUCUCGGAUUUUGUGAUCCACAAUGCCUCCAAAUUUCAAGGGAAGAAUGUGCUAGAAGUUGGUUCCGGCACAGGACUCGUUGGAAUUGUGGCGUCACUGUUUGCGAAGAAUGUUGUUCUCACCGAUCUUAACGAACCAUCAAUUAUGAAUCUUUUAAAGGCUAACAUUGCUCACAACAAAGAUUUAAUUGGCCAGGGAAAGACUCCAUCCAUCCUACCGUUAGAUUUCAUGGCUGAGACUUGGUCACAGGAACUAACACAUGUCGUCUCGUCUUCUGAUGUAGUUGUUGUAGCUGAUGUAAUUUAUCAUGUGGAAAUCACCAAUGCUUUUAUUCGCACACUGAGGAAAAUACUCACUGCUGGAGAAAAACGCUCGAAAGAUAUUUACGUGGCUUUGGAAAAAAGAUACGUAUUUACUCUGGCCGACAUGGAUUCAUGUGCUCCCAUGCAUAACCAUUUUCUAGAACAACUCGACACUCAACUCGGCCUCUCUCCAGGAUGUUUACCAAGACCUUUAGAUUUAGAGAACACAAUUGAAGUCACAAUGACAUGCGUUCCUCUAGAUUUUAAACAGUAUUUCAAUUAUGACAGGUGCAAAGAGCUUGUACUCUACCAUAUACGGUCACAAUUUGUAUCAAAAAUGUAAGCCAACUUUGGCGUUGGCAAAAUCUUUUUGGAGACUUUAACUACUCAAUUAUUUAUCCAUGCACUAAUGACUAAACUAAAUAUAAUGCAAAAUGAUCAAGUUUUCCACAUAAAGCGUAGUAAUUUUAAUUUAGUACUACUAAAAAUAAACCUGAAAUUAUCAAUAAAUUAAAUAUGUUUAGACCAUUUAA